AUCUACCUUCUAGAUCCCUACCGCCUGUUGUACUCUACCCUUCAGAUCCCUACCACUUCUUGCACUCUACCCUCUAGAUCCCUACCACCUCUGGGACUCUACCCCCUAGAUCCUUACCACCUGCUGCACUCUACCCACUGGAUCCCUUACACCUGCUGCACUCCACCCACUAAAUCCCUACCGCCUACUAAACUUUACCCUCUGCAUCCCUGCUCCCUGCUGCACCCAACCCUCUAGAUCCCUACUACCUGAAGCAGUAAGCCCUCUAGAUCCCUACCACCUUCUGCAUUCUACCCACUGGAUCCCUACCACCUGCUGCCCUCUGCCCUCUGGAUCCAUAUGACUUGCUGCACCCAACCCUCUAGAUCCUUUCCACCUUCAGCACUUAACCCUCUAGAUUCUUACCACCUGCCGCACUCAAACCUCUAGAUCCCUACCACCUGUUGCACUCAGCCUGUAGAAACCCUACUACCUGCUGCACUCUACUCAAAGGAUCCCUGCUACCUGCUGUACUCUACCUUCUGAAUACCUUCCACCUGCUGCAUUCUACCUUCUGGAUCCCUACCACUGACUGAACUUUACGCUCUGGAUUCCUACUACAUGUUGCACCCAACCCUCUAGAUCCCUACUAUCUACAGAAGUCAGCCUUCUAGAUCCCUACCACCUUCUGCACUCAACCCUCGAGAUCCUCACCACCUGCAGCACUCAAACUUCUAGAUCUUUACCACCUACAGCACUCAACCUUCGAGAUCCCUACCACCUGCGGCACCCAACCCUUUAGAUCCCUAUUACCUUCUGCACUCAACCUUAUGGAUCCCUACUACCUGCUGCACUCUCACCUACUGAAUCCCUACCACCUGCUGCACCCAACCUUCUAGAUCCUCACCACCUGCAGCACCCAACUUUCCAUAUCCCUACCACUUGCUGCACCCAACCCUUAAGAUCCAUAUUACCUUCUGCACUCUCCCUUAUGUAUCCCUACCACCUGCUGCACUCUACCCUCUAAAUCCCUACCACCUGCCGCACUCAAACCUCUAGAUCCCUACCACCUGCUGUACUUAAACCUCUAGAUCCCUACCAUCUGCCGCACUCAACCUGUAGAAACCCUACUACCUGCUGCACUCUACUCACAAGAUCUCUACCACCUGCUGCACUCUACUCACUGGAUUACUAUCAGCUGUAGCACUCCACUAUGGGAACCCUACUACCAGCUGCACUGUAACUACUGGAUUUCUGCUACAUGCUGCACUCUACCCACUGGAUCCACUACCUAUUGCAUUAUACCUGCACUCUACCCACAGGAUCCCUACUAGCUGCAACACCCUAACAACAAAAUCCCUACCACCUGCUGCACUCUGUUCCCUGGAUCCCUAACACCUGCAGCACCCUACAAACUGGAUACCUAUUAUCUGCUGCACCUUACCCACUGGAUCCCUACGAUCUGCUACAAUCUAUCAAACAAAUCAUUGCUAUCCAUUGCACUCAGUAGCUCCCUGCUACCUUCUGCACUCUUUCAGCAGUACUCUAUCCAUUGAAUGCACUGAUCUCUUCUACCUGCUACAGUUUUUCUGCUGAAUCCCUAUGACCUUGUUUUUUAAUCAACUGGAUCUCUACUACCCACUGCACUCUGAUUUUCUGUCUUUCACAUUCUACCCACUAAUUCCUGCACGUUAUCCAUAGGUUCCCUAUUACUUGACGAUCCAUGUAUAGAUCCACUGGAUUUUCUAUGGGUGCUAAGCACCCAAUGCAUGCCCACUCAGCUCUCUUCGGUGGAUCCUUGCAUACACAAGCAUUGGUUGCAUUAGAACCUUUAUACCUUCUGUACAUCAUGCAACAGAUGCCCUCUGCACUCUAAGCAGCGGAUCCCAUCCUACCUACCACAUUUCAUCCAUUGGUUCCCUGGGUCCAGUACCGCAGCUUUGCAUCUUCUUCAAUCAGUGCCUUAUAGUUAUUGUUUCAUUUUAUUACCGCUAUGCUCCCUCCAGCAGUGUUGCAUUUUUAAUUAUUAUGACAUUUUUGUCACAAUGUGCUCUUGGUCUUCCCUGACUCUCUUUCUCUUUCUUUUCGCAGGAACGCAGAUGACAGUACGGCGAGGCGACAAGGUGCCCAUCAGUAUCCAGGAGCACAUGGCCAUCAACGUGUGCCCAGGACCCAUCCGCCCCAUCCAGCAGAUCUCUGACUACUUCCCCAGGUACAGUCCAUGGCCCGAAGGGGCCCCCUCUCCCACCGGGCCCCCACACACCCUCGCCCCGCUGGACAUACGCACUCAGGUGCCAGAGCUAGAGACCGACUCCACAGACCUGGACAACUACGACUCCGAUGAUGGCACAUCGCUGGGAACGCUGGAGUUCGAGCUUCUGUAUGACCCAGAAAAAUGUAUCCUGCAGUGCAGCAUCCUGAGGGCGAAGGGACUGAAGCCGAUGGAUUUCAAUGGCCUGGCAGACCCCUAUGUGAAGAUUCACCUUCUUCCUGGAGCGUGCAAGGCAAACAAGCUGAAGACGCGCACCGUACGAAACAAUCUGAACCCCACCUGGAACGAAAGCCUGACGUACUGCGGGAUCACCUCAGAAGACAUGGGGAAGAAGAUUCUACGGAUCUCUGUGUGUGACGAAGACAAACUAAGUCAUAAUGAGUUUAUCGGAGAGACGAGAGUCCCCCUGCGCAGACUAAAACCCGGGCAGAGGAAGCACUUCAACAUCUGUCUGGAGCGUCAGAUUCCUCUGGCCUCUCCUUCCUCAAUGUCAGCCGCUCUGCGAGGAAUUUCGUGUUACCUCAAGGAGCUGGAGCGCUGCCAGGAGUGGGAGCUGGAGGAGAGGGGGAGGAUCCUCCUGUCGCUGACGUACAGCGCCGAGCGAGGCGGACUGGUGGUGGGGAUCGUACGCUGCGCUCACCUCGCCGCCAUGGAUGUCAACGGCUUCUCGGACCCUUACGUCAAAACAUACUUGAAACCGGAUGUGGAGAAAAAGUCCAAGCACAAAACAACUGUGAAGAAGAAAACUCUGAACCCAGAAUUUAAUGAGGAAUUUUUCUAUAAAAUCGGACUGCUGGAGCUCCAGAAGAGAAGCCUGGAGGUGACGGUGUGGGAUUAUGACUUGGGAAAAUCCAAUGACUUCAUAGGGGGAGUGACCCUUAGCGUAAACUCCAAAGGGGAGUGUCUAAAGCACUGGAUGGAGUGUCUCUCUUCCACCAAUCAGAGGGCAGAGCACUGGCACACGCUCACCAGCGAGCUCCCGGGAUCCACCUACACCGACUGAGGAAUGCCUAUUGUCCGAAGCCGGAGACAGCCGAAGAACAAGGGCAGAGAGCAGGCAACACACACUUGCGCACCCACAUCACUCAACGCAUUUCUGUCUAUGAGGUGACAAUUUCAUGGCGCGGGAUUAUACAAGAUGGCCGACGCUGGGAGCCUCAUGACUUUUUGAGGGAUGGGCAUGUUCAUUGUCUAUGCUAUAAGAAGAUAUCCAUUUCUUCUCAAGCCCUUUUCCGUUACGCCGUCUUUAGACGGGAUACUCCCAGCCAGUAAAAGGAAUUUAUCCAUAAGGUUGGGAAUAUCAGUCCAGUUGUACAAAACAAUGUACACUCUUAGCUGCUCUAUACCUAAUUCAACAUACAGCACACAUUGUCUAUUUAAAACAAGAUGGCAGCACUAUGGUUAACACUUCAACAUCAAUUGCAAAAACAUGGCUUCUUUACUUUCAACCCAAACCAUCAACAUCCAUUGUGGAACAUGGCUGCUCUAUGAUCAAUCCAACCCAAUACCAUCCAUUGUAAAACAUAACUGCUCUAUGGUAAACCCAACCCAUCAACAUCCAUUGAGAAACACGACUGCUCUAGGGUCAACCCAACCUAUUAUAAUCUAUUGCAAAACAUGGGUACUCUACGAACAAUCCAACCCAUCAACAUCCAUUGCGAAAAUGGCUGCUCUUUGUUCAAUUCAACCCAUCACCAUCCACUUUGAAACAUGGCUGCUCUUUGUUCAAUUCAACACAACAACAUCCAUUGCGAAACAUGGCAGCUCUAUGUUCAAUCAAACCCAUCAAUGCCCAUUGUGGAAAAUAACACUUCUAUAGCCAAUGCAACCAGUCAACAUGCAUUUUCAGUAUUGCCUUGCAUAGCUUCUUUAUGGCCAAACUAAGCGAUCAAUAUAUAUAGGGGUGUCUUUUUAAAGCGGUGAAUCUACAUUCACCAAACUUUCACUGCAAGUGAAUCUUCAGGUUGCAUGAGUUUGAAAUGACAAUUAUUAGUUCACCAUCAGUGACUGCUUUAUAAAUGUACCCCAUAGUGUCAGUUAUGCAUCACAUGGCUGCUGUAUAGUCAAUGCAACACACAUACAUGUUGUCUACUCAACACAAGAGGGUUGUUUGGUGGCCAUUCCAACAUAUUAAAACAUAUUGUCAAUCCGGCACAACAUUGCUAAACUAUGGAAAAGCCCAACCUACCAAUAUCCAUAGCAAAUUUUAACUGUUCUAUGGCCAACGCAACUAGUCAACACAUACAUAGUCUGCUAUGCCUAGCAUAGCUCCUCUAUAGCCAAUAAAGACAUCAACAUACACUGCUAAACUGAUGCAACAUAGCUGUUCUAUGGCCAACCUAAUGCAUCAACAUAUAGUCAGUUAUGUUCAAGUGACCACUCAACAGCCAACACAGCACAUGCUAUCAAUGCAGCAUAACAUGGCUUUUGUGUAGCCACCCCAAACCAUCAACCCAACAAGACAACACAGUGCCCUGUGUAAGGGCAGUAUGGCCAAAGCAACACAUCCACACAGUUUUUCAAUGCAACACAACAUGGUUUUGAUUUAGCCAACUAAUACAUCAAUGUGCACUGCCAAUCUAAUACAACACAGCUGUGCAAUGGCCAAGCCAACACAUCAUCUCACCUGCCAGUGCCCAACAUGGCUGCUUUAUGGCCGGCACAUUAACACACAUUGUUGAUGCAGCACAAGAUGGCUCAGCUUUGGCCCACCCAACACAUCAACAAACGCUGCCAAUCUCAUACAGCACAGCUGUACAAUGGUCAAACCAACAUGCUAAAACACCUGUCAGUCCUCAAUAUCGUUGUGUUAUGGCCAAUACAUCAACACACAUUGUUGACGUGGCACAACAUGGCUGUACUGUGGCCCACCCAACACAUCAACAAACACUGCCAAUCUGGUACAGUACAGCCAAGCCAACAUGCCACACAUCUGCCAGUGCUUAACAAAAAAUUACUGCUUUUUACUACUCUAUGGGAAAUGCACAUUGUCAAUGCUUUGCAAGGUGGCUCCACUAUGGCCAACCCAACACAUCAACAAACGCUGUCAAUCUGGUACAGUACAGCCAAGCCAACAUGUCAACAAAUCUGCCAGUGCUCAACAUAGCUACUUUAUGGGCAACACACAUUGUCAAUGCUUUGCAAGGUGGCUCCACUAUGGCCAACCCAACACAUCAACAAACGCUGCCAAUCUGGUACAGUACAGCCAAGCCAACAUGUCAACACAUCUGCCAGUGCUCAACAUAGCUACUCUAUGGGCAACACACAUUGUCAAUGCUUUGCAAGGUGGCUCCACUAUGGCCAACCCAAUACAUCGGCAAACAUAUUCAGUUAUUUCCAAAAUAGUCCGGUGGCAAAAACUGCUCCCUUUUUUACCGAAUCCUUUUUUUUUUUUUUUUUUAUCAUGAAUGCCCCCGAGGUGGUUUUGUAGUAUUAUGAAAGUGACUAGACCUGCUUUAAACCCAGCAGGGAUUAAACUGCUUUCCACAUAUAGAUAUAUCCUGAAACUGCCACGUAGGGGGGUAACAAAUCUCCAUUUUUAUCCAGAACAAAGCAAGGUAGCAAUUAGCAGCCUCCUGUCACCAGUGUAUCUAAAUGUAAACCUAAUAUUAUUCCACCUCAGAUGAAGCAAGAGCUAAUGUUCUAAUCUCUGAGGCCCCGUCUUCCUCUUUGGCCCCACUCUUAUCAUUCCAGCUCUACAGCAUGCUCUUUGGAGCGGAUUAGCCAGCUUCCCCUUUUCUUUUCUAAUUAUCUGUGAUUUGCAUUUAUAAAUUGGAUUUAACGAGGGCCCCAUUGCAGCCAGCUCCCAUGGCGGCUCAGUACGGCUAAUCUGUAAGUGAUCUGUCAAGCUUGUUUGAGGCGCUUUAUCAUAUCAGAAACAAAGCGAGGCUGACACAUGACAUUGUUCUAAAGGCCGACGUUGGGACCUAUUUAUUAUUACAAUAAUUAUUUCCGUUUUGCUGCACUGCGCUCUAUAAUUUUAUUCCCUCGAUACCCCACACAGCAGAAAGACAGAGAGUGCAGUGGAAUGCAGUCAAGCUCAUUCAACUGCACAGUACUGUCGAUCUAAGUUGUUUCAAGCAUCGGGAGCCUAAAGGAGAGGUGUUUAUACACUUCUCUGUGGACUAUGAGACUGUUUCAUAGUCCGGUCCUUGGACAAGUGACACGGGUAGUUCCAAUGGUCAGUACCGGUGUGCCCACAUUGACUACUCAGCGUGGCAGGAGUGUGUUAAUUACAAGAAUGGCUGAACAAAUUUAUGAAAAAUUUAGCAAGUAUGUAGUUCCUUAUCAGUAUUAAUGUACAAAACUCUAAAAAAAAAGCUUGCACAGAAUCAAUAUUUUUUACUACAAGCACACGCUGGUAUUAAGGCCUCAGGCACCAAAGUAAACACUUAUGCUGAUGAUCAGUAUUUGUAUGCUGGCAUCUCCAUCCGUCACAUGGAAAACACGUUGUACGAAUUACCUUGUUCCUACGAUUUACUAUGCAGUAAUUAUAAAGCCAUGUACGGGACACGCACUCACCUGUGUGCCCAAUCUCAGAUGGUUUAGAUGUAGACGUAGAAUUAAAAAAUCCCCACUUUAAA